UAAGGCUGUUUAAUUUUGCAACAAUAUAUUGAAGUAAAAGGAUACAUGUAUAAGGCUGCUUAAUUUGGUGAUAGUCAAGGAAUUUUUCUUGUCUUUUAAUGUUCAUACACACAUAGCCAAACAAAGAUUAAUUGGACCGGAAAUUAGCCCACACACCACACACACACACACACACAAGAUUAAUUGGUAAAUUAACCAGAAAGUGACUUAACUUUUUAUUGUUUUGGUGAUUAUCGUGACAGUAAAAUAAAAUGUCAAGAACAGGUCAAUUUGGGCACUCACAAGUUUUUUUGACAAGUCUAUUUUGUCAUUUGCUUUAUGUCCAUGUGCAUGGCAGCAAAAUUCCGAGUCUGAAAUGCUAAUUUAGUUGAACAAUUCAAAUAAAAAAUACUAAACAUCAACAUUAUGCCUUACGUAACAAGGUUCACAUCCUCGGUAUUAAUUUGUCUGCACAAUUGUAUUUUAUACCAUGGCACGACCUCUGAAGGUGGCAGUGAUCGGAGCCGGGGUUGCCGGCCUAACCACGGCCCGCGAACUGAAAUCAGAAGGCCAUCAAGUGGUGGUCUAUGAAAAAGCAGACCGAAUUGGUGGGAUGUGGGUGUACAAUCCUGAAGUCGAGACCGACCCUCUAGGCCUUGAUCCUGGCAGAAAAAUUGUUCACAGCAGUCUAUACCAUUCACUCAACACAAACCUCCCAAGACCGCUUAUGAGAUUUUGGGAUUACCCCUUUACUGUCAAGAAUAAAGACGGUGUGCUAAUGGAUUUUCCUGGCCAUGAAGAGGUGCUGCAGUUCUUGAAUAAUUUUGCAGAAGAUUUCGGGCUGGUCGAGUUUAUUCAGCUGAAUACAGAAGUAGUCCGAGUUGAGCAGGAGAAUGAUGAUCAGUGGGUGGUUGAGUCGAGAUCAAAUGGUGGGUUGAUUUCAGAAGAGCCAUUCGAAGCCGUUGUGGUUUGUAAUGGACAUAACACCCAACCGAGAGUGGCAGAACUUCCAGGAAUCAAUAACUGGAAGGGGAAACAAAUUCACUGCCACAAUUAUCGAGUUCCUGAGCCAUUUAGAGAUCAGGUUGUGGUUAUUAUUGGAGGCGCAGCUAGUGCCAAUGAUAUCUCCCUAGAAAUUGUGGAGGUAGCCAAAGAAGUACAUCUCUCUUCCAGGUCCCAAGAAAUUGAAGUCAAAAAAUGGGACAUGUAUGACAACCUAUGGCAGCACUCAAAAGUCACAAAUUGCUAUGAAAAUGGUGAAAUAGCUUUUGAGGAUGGAGCUCUGGUCACAGCAGAUAUCAUUCUCCACUGCACUGGGUACAAGUAUAAUUUGCCUUUCUUGAAAACAAAUGGAGUAAUAACUAUUGAUGAUGAUGACAAUCGCGUUGGACCGUUGUACAAGCAUGUUUUCCCUCCACAACUUGCUCCUAGGCUUUCUUUUGUUGGAAUACCUCGCGUGGCAAUCAAUUUUGUCAUGAUUGAUUUACAAGCCAAGUGGGUGGCUUCUGUUUUAUCUGGUAAGGUGAGCUUGCCAUCAGAAGAAGAUAUGUCAGCUGAUCUUGAACAAUGUUACCGGCUUUUGGAGGAGAAGGGAAUCCCAAAACACCACACUCAUUCACUUGACCUUAAUAUGCAUGAAUACUUGGACUGGGUAGCUGCUCAAGUAGGACUACCGCCCGUGGAUAAGCGGCAAAAAGAAAUAUUCUACAAGAUUAGAGAAAUUCUUCCCACUUCUUGGAUUGGAUUUAGGGAAAUGCUCCUUAAACAACUGCCAUGGAUCAGCCGUAUUUCGUAGUUCCAAGUAAUUAAAUUACAACACACGCAAUCAUGUGACGUCCAAAUCUUAGCAAAACGAUAAUUAUUGGUAAUUUAAUUACGGUGGAGACUAGCAUGCAUUUCUUUUGUAGUUACAAUUAACCUCUUUUUACAUAGUUAUACAAAAA